AUGGAAGAGCGAUGGUAGAGAAGUGGAACAGAGAGGUAGUCGGAUAGUGAAUGAAAACCAUACAAAGAGCAUCGUUUUUUUGGCGCAAAAAAAAGAAAACCAAAAAGAAAUUAACAAACAAAAAAUCGAAAUUAAACGUAAGCAUAGCGGAAAGUACGAGAUAGAUCGCGAGGGAGGUUUGCUGGAUGAAGGCAAACCGAAUUCCGAGACCGAGAGCUGUGUUUAGUUUUCUGGGUGUAAAAAGAAGAGGGCGCAGAACUCGCGUCUCGCGCGGAGGAUAUUGUUCUAGUAGCUAAAACAAGUAUGGCUGUGCUGUGUUCUGCAUCGAGCGAGACAGCCCCUCUUUAGGAUUCUUUCUCAUUAAAUUUAGGCAUAAACAAAAAUGUUAACAUCCUGUCCUCGCUCAGUUUUAGGCAAAUCAAAAUUAAAGCUAUUAUACAGCGCUACUCCUUCAACGCGGGUAGUGGAAUAUCCGCGACUAGUGGAGCUUUUGUCGAUCUAGAGGGGGAGGGGAAAAAUUACGAAAUUCAUAUUGAACAAUACUCGCGCGACGCGGCUCUCACCUCUUCCGCCUUCGGUUAGUUAUUUCGGCAACAUUCAGGCAAAACACGAAAAUAAAGGUGGAGUGAGAUAGUUAGAAAGAAGAAAGGCAGAAGAACGUUCUUUAGGUGUUGAAAUUAUCUAAAUUUAAAAAAACCCGUUUAGGCAAUGCAAAAUUAUUAUCUGUUUCUCUUUUUUACGAGCGCGGAUCGUUUUAGUCACACCCAGGUCGGAAGCCAGGCGAAGAUCACACGUGACGGGCAAAGACAAAACCAAAAGCGGGCCCGCGGACACUGACAUGGUUGACAAGGGGGCUUAGAAGGUGCUAUAUUAAAAGGCAUACAUGGCAAUCCACAGCUCAGAUCGAGAGAUGCCUUUUCCCCAAGACCUACGAACGACCAUCGCACCGUCACCGAUUGGCCCCGUUUGUGCCAUAAAAGGAGAAUGUAUUGAUUUCCAGUUAACAAGUCUAUUGCUACGUGCAAGAUCUAGGACUAACGCAUCAUUUCAUUGGUUGAUUUUGAAACACCCGAAAAAAGGGGGAAUCUCUAUGUCGUAAACCUGGAAGCGGAUCUGUCCGGUGCGUGGUUCCGCGUUGGAACUAUGCCAUCUGUUUUGCAUUCUUUUCGUUUUUCUAUGUCAACCGCCACGAGUUGGCGCUUUUUUAAUAGCUUAUGUAUACGAAGCGUUAGCCUACCAGGUCCCGAUGAUCGUGAGGGGGAAGGGGGAGGACGGGAAGGGGUUUUGAAUUUGGACGUCGUUAGUUUUGGACGAGAACGAGAGUCAGCCUGAUGCAAUUUGAACAGCUCAGUUGUGGAGGAUACGAUAUGCAGCUCCGCUAUACGAUGCAAUAUGGAUCCAAGUAUUGCAAAAGGUCGAUCGAUAGGUUACCUGUAAGUUAUGAUUUCGAUUACGUUCUUUUUUUAAGUUUCAUUGUUUCAACCUAGAUCUUAAUUAUGGCUAGCGAUACGUUGUAUAAUAAACUUGAGAGGAAACCAUUAUACUUUUUA